UAGAAAUAAAAAGGAUGUAAUCAGUAGGAAGGGGGGAGUUUGAGGUAUUCUCAAAUCGUUUUCUCUAUUUUUUCUUGAGAAUAGUUGGGGGAAUCAGAGACAGAGAUACGCCCAAAGAGAAACAAAGAAGGAAACACAGUAGAACCAGAGAAGAAAACCUCAAUUUUACACACUAAAUACACUCAAAUCUCUUCUCACACAAGAACAGAAGCGAAAGAAGACAGAAUCUAGAGCUGCAAAGAGCUUUUCCCCCCCAAAUUUGGACUAGUUUUGUUGCUUUUCUUCCUCCUUUCCAUCUUUUCCAUUCAUUAUGCCUUCUGUUUCUUGUUAAUCUCUGUUUGAGCGAGAUACGAGAGAGAUCUUGUCCUUCUACAUUGCCUACUCUGUAGCGGACAAGGUAAUCUCGCUACCCAAUCGCCCAAUCACUUUCUUUCAUCCUCCCACUUCAUUUUCCCCCUUGGAAUUUCAUCCUUAUCCGCCUGAAUCGAGCUGCGUUUGCCCUUUUAAUCGAUUCCCUAUAAUUGCAUAGGUAUUCUUUUUCAGGGUUUUGAUUCUAUCUAUCCGUUUCUUUUUGCAUUCGAAAAGAUUUCUUCGGAUUCCCAGGUUUUUUGUUUUUGAGUAAUGGAAAUUUAGGGUUUUGGUACUGGCUAUGUGCUCAUGUAUUCGGUGGAUUUUCUAGGGUUUUGACGGAUCGUAACUGGGUGGCUCUCCAAUUUAUCGGUUUUGCACUAAUUAGGGUUUGAUAUCGACUCUAUGGAUUGAAAGUAUGAUUGUGACUGGGGCAUCGGGCUUUCUCUAGAAUGGGCUGGAGCUCCGAUCGUUCGUAGGAUUCUGGUUUUAGACUGUUCUUUGCCACGGCUGCGAUUCUAAAACUGUAACGCACCACUAGAAUGAAGUGAACUUUGCUGGUUUGAUCAUGGAAGAGGAUUGCACAUUAUAGACUUGUUUUUGUCAGUGAUCAGUCUCAAUCCAAUCAAUUUCUUGGAUUACAAGGGAUUUGCGAUACUGUUUCUGGUGUUUCAUCUCUAAUUUGGGAAUUCUAUUGGUUUAAACAGGAGAUUAUAAUCUGCCCAAGACCAAAAUCAAGAGACCAUUGCGUUGAAUCAUCGACAUUUUCCACGAAUUGAUCGGGAGAGCUAAUUUGUGCUAAAAUUGUUUCCAAGGACUUCUUUUUGUCUGCGUUUCGAUUGAUUUAGGUUUUCUCUGAUAUUCGGGAAUCGGGUUAGAAUUCGUUUAGUUCAGUGCCGGAGUUGGCUCAUAAUAUAUACACUUUUUUGUUGAGAAUUUUGGAAAUAUCUCUGUUGGCCUGUGCUUAUUGUUCCUGUACUUUUGUUUAUAAGUCGGAAGAGUUCUCUGCGGUUUGGGAAUUGCAUCUGUGGGACUGACUAAGAAGCACAUGGAGGAGUAUUGAAGCUGGCAAUGAAUGCAAGGACAUGGUGCAUGGACAGCAGCUUAGUUUCUUGUUCGUUCUCUUUUCAGAACAGUGCUUCUGGAAAAUAGUUUUAGCGUUUUCGCCUGUGGAAAAAGCUCGUGUUUAUUGUCUAAGUACUCUGCGUAAUGUCGCGCUGCUUUCCAUUUCCGCCACCGGGAUAUGAAAAGAAGUCUAGGGCUGAGGAUGCGGACCUACUAAAAAAGGAGAAGAGCAAAGAGAAAAAGCAUAAAAAGGAGAAGAAAGAAAAGGAGAAGAAAGAAAAGGAGAAGAAAGAAAAGGAGAAGAAAGAAAAGGAGAAGAAAGAAAAGGAGAAGAAAGAAAAGGAGAAGAAAGAAAAGGAGAAGAAAGAAAAGGAGAAGAAAGAAAAGGAGGGUAAAGAAAAAAGAGAUAAGGAUAAAAGUGAUGAGAAACGCCGUGAAAAGAAAGAAAAAAAGAAAGACAAAGACAGGGACAAGAAGAAGGAUAGGGAUAAGGAGAAGGAGAGUCGACCUUCGGGGAAAACUGGGAAUCAAAAUGGGGAGGUGGUUGUUCGAGUCAAACAUAACAGUGUCGAAGAUGAGAAGCAUACUGCGCAACUCGAUUCGUGCAUUGGAAAUAAGAUUAGUCAGAAUGCCUUUUUUCCUAAGGAGACGAAGAAUUCAAAAACGGUACAGGAGGUGGGGAGGAGAAUCGAGGACGGUGGAGCUGCAAAGGUUGGGAAAUUUGCAGUUGCACAACCGAAAAAGGACGACAGAAUGGCCACACAGAUGGCUAGGAAUUCCGAGACCAUGUUUGAAGGCAUGGAACACAACAAGAACAAGAAAAUUGAUGAAAGAAACUACAAUGGUCAAGGAAUUAGACACGAGGAAAGGUUUAGUGGCAAUUCCACGAUCCCGAGUUCCACCACGACCGCAACUGCAACUGUUGAAUCUGGAGUUGCAGGAAUGGUUAAACAAUUGGAUAAAAGUGCCGAGAGAAAGAAAGAAGCAAACGAUAAAAUCGGACCGAAAGAAGGUGAAGAAAAACGAGGGAGCAAACACAAGGAUAAAGAUAAAGAGAAGAAAGGACGACGGGACGAUAAAGAGAAGAAAAAAGAAAAGAAAGCGAAGAAGGCGGAAGAGAAGAACGCCAUGGUAGAUAAAACGAAAGAGAUCAGUAAGGAUAACGUAUUAGGUAGACUUUCUACGAAUACGAAUACAUCACAGCUUGCUGACAGCAACAUAGGUGCUGCAGUUGAGGAAAACAUGAUUAAGAAACGGAAAGAUUUUGAGCCUAAUGGAGUGUUGCAUGAAAUCGACAACAGACCGAGUAAGUUGUCGAGACCCGCUUCUCAUCCAUUGAAAGAAAAUGGUAGGAUACUGGAACCGUGCUCGAUUCCCCCGUCGCCGCCUCCUUCAGAGAGACAGGCUUUGGGAAAUGACGUUAUUUUGGUCGGUAAAGAACGGAAGAUUAAUGGCGUUAUUGACGCUCACCACCCACCUGCGUCUUCGAAACACAAGUCGGGCAGCCAGGGCGGCCAAGACGAUCAUCCUCAACCUACUGCAACACCUAAAAGAUCUCCCCAUCCAGAUUCGAAGCUCUUGAGCCAGGUAUAUUCAGUGCCCAAAAUGGAGGAAUUGUCUGAUUCUGAUAACCAAGAUUGGUUAUUUAGCAGCAGCAAACCCAAGUUAGAAGCUUCAGAGGCGGCUGAGGAAACGUCGCAGGUAUGGGCCGAGGCAAUGCAGAUAGACUCGGUUGACGUUUAUGCUCUUCCUUACGUUAUUCCGUACUGAUGAUCUCAUGAACUGGACUCUAUCUGACUGGGGUAGACCCCAACCUUGAAUCGUGUCGGAGUGUGUGAUUCACCGACAGCCUCGUCACACCCAACUCCCUCGAACACGAGAGAGCACGGUUCUGCUCUUCUUCCACCGUGUUCCUGGCUCUAUUCUUGCAGCCGGGGCUGGACUUGAUUUUGGUAAUAUCAUGGCUCUCAUGUUGUUGAUUGGAUGGAACAGCAUCUGGAUUGAUCUUGGUCGUUGAGGGGUGGGCACAAUCGCCGGGCAAAACACGCCUUGGACAAGCACGACGGUGACACGGCGGUGGUUUUUGAGUUAGGAGAUUCAAUAACUAAUUCAUUGAAAUGAGAGAAUUCAUAAAGGCAGCUCUGGGAGGUUGGCCUGAAAAGAGAGAGCACUUUCUAAUUGAGAAAUGUGUAAGGAAUUAGAUGUGGUCUUUACAUCUCCACCACAAUUUUGAUUUGUAUCAUACAAACUUUUAUUUACAGAAAUGUAAGAUAGAGGGAAGAAGGAAGGAAAGUUAGUGCAAAAUUCAUUUAUGAGCU